AUGGCCUCUUCCUCUUCCUUGGUUCUGUCUUCUCCGUCUUUGACUCCGGUAAUAAAAGACGGAGAAUAUAAAAACUGGGCGGAGCUUCCGUCUGAACUAACGUCAUCCAUCCUGCAAAGGCUCAGCCUGGUUGAGAUAUUGGAAAACGCUCAGAAAGUGUGUACGUCUUGGCGUCACGUCUGUAAAGACCCUUCUAUGUGGCGGAAGAUUGUCAUGCAUAACCUUGGAAACUUGUGGUACGACCGCGAGAUCAUGUGCCGUCACGUAGUGGAUCGUAGCCAGGGUGGCUUGAUUGAGAUUGAAAUUUGGUAUUUUUGUACUGAUUCUCUCCUCAACUACAUAGCUGAUAGUUCAAGUAGCCUGAGAAGCCUUACACUUGCACUGUGCUCUCAAAUAACAAACAACGGACUUACCGAAGCACUUAUGAAGCUUCCAUUGCUUGAAGAACUCGAUGUCUCGUUCAGCACACUGUCCGGAGAUUCUCUCAGAGUUGUAGGCCAGUCUUGUCCUAAUCUGAAGACAUUUAAGCUAAACUGCGUGGGUGACAUUCGUACCGCGAACGAGGGCGACGAUGAUGCUCUAGCUAUCGCUGAAACAAUGCCUGGACUUCACAACCUCCAGCUUUUCGGAAACAAAUUAACAGAUGCUGGUUUAAACGCCAUUAUUGAUCAUUGUCUUAACCUGGAACAUCUUGAUUUACGUCAGUGUUUCAACGUUAACAUUGUCGGAGAUCUGGAGAAGCGGUGUUCCGAAAGGGUCAAAGUUUUGAGACGACCUAAUGAUUCUACUCAUGAUUACCCAUAUGAAGAAGUGUUGGUUUUCAAUACGAUGAGAGCAUCUGAAGAUGGCUUCAUGCCAAAUGUUAGUUGUUAUCGUGACUUCGAAGGUGCCAGUGACAAUUCUGACUACGACCCGUAUGAUGUUUAUGAUGACCCGUAUGAUAUGCACGGCGAUCUGCGUUUCUAG